GAUAUUCUUGACGAACCUCUCAAUGCCGCCUCCACCAACGACCUCUAACGGCAAUGCUGCAGCACCUCCGCCAUCGACAAUACCGCUCUCAAAUGCGUUGAUGACAAAGUUGAAGCCCGCGAAAAUCUUCAAGGGAGCAGUUGAACCAACACCACCAUCAACACCUGUUGCUAGAUCACAUCAAGGGCCACGACACAUCACUGCCAUCACAUUCGAUGACCGAGGAGAUCAGGUUUUGACUGCAGCUGAAGAUGAGACUUUUCGGUUGUACAGCUGCAAGACGGGCAAGCAUCUCAAAACGCUGUACUCUAAAAAAUACGGGGUCGACCUUCCUCGUUUUACACACAGGAACACCACUGUUGUACACGCUUCGACGAAGGAGGAUGACACAAUUCGGUAUCAUUCACUUCACGACAACAAAUACUUGCAGUACUUCAAGGGGCACAGCGGACGCGUGGUCUCCUUAGAGGUCUCGCCCAUCGAUGACGGCUUCAUGUCCGGCUCACUGGACAAGACGGUUCGAUUAUGGGACCUUCGCGCCCCGUCAUGUCGUGGGCUGUUGAACCUACCCGCCUCACCCAUCGUCGCGUACGAUUCCAGCGGCUUGGUAUUUGCAGUGGGCGUGAAUAACUAUUCACGGAUACUCUUGUACGACCAAGCGAACUACGACAAGGACCCGUUCUUGACGAUAACGCUGGAGGAUUCCACCCUCGCUCUAGUCAGCUAUCCACCUCGCCCAAUAUACAUGACAUCUCUCUCAUUUUCGUCAAACGCAAAGUACAUUCUUGUCGGCUGUUCCGGCGACGCACACUAUAUUUUGGACGCGUUCGAGGGUCAUUUGCUGGCGAAAUUGGAGGGUCACGUUGGGUUGGAGCGGCGACGGAUCGAUGCCCCGCAGACUAUUGACCCUUCCAAGGGCAACAGUGGCGAGGAGGUAUCUUGGACGCCAGAUAGCAAGUAUGUUGUCAGCGGCAGUUUGAACGGGAAAAUAGUGAUAUGGGAUGUACAAAACUUGCCCGUGCGGUCAGGCCCUGUUGAUCUCAAGGCACAUCCAACACGUCUUCAGCCCCUUACAACACUUGAUGGCCAUCCUGGUCCGUCCAGGUGUGUGAGAUUCAAUCCCAGGCUAGCUAUGAUUGUAUCCGCGGGGGCGGAAUUGGCUUUUUGGCUCCCAGACCAGUCGGCGGACAAUGAGGAAAUCGCAAAGGAACUCCUGCGAAAAAAGUAAAAGAUAAACUUAUUUUGUUGCAGUAUUAUGUACGGUGUAGAUUUUGUUCUUAUUUUGUUCAGACUUCAGGCA